GUGCAUUCAGGGCGUUAGGUUUCUGCAUUGAGAAGUAUAAAAUUGGAUGUAUCCUGUUAAACUCUAGAUAUUCUUCAGUCAAUAAAAUUGUGCAACAUGUAUGAUGUCAACAACACCACAGAGAAUAGUUUUGACAACAUUGACACCAACGAAGUGAAUGUCACUAUUUUUGUUGUGAUUUAUAUUUUAAUCGGAUUCUGCGGCCUUUUUGGAAAUGCUUUGGUUAUUUAUGUAAUACUGAUAUCACCAAAGAUGAGAACUCUUACGAAUAUGUACCUUUUGAAUUUGGCUUUUUCAGAUUUGAUAUUUUUAUCUCAUAUAGCGAUGGUAACAACUACAAUUAUAAUUGAGUACUGGGUGUUUGGUGAAAUCAUGUGUAAGAUUUUCUUUACAACACAAGCUAUAACGACAUUCUCCAGUGUUUUAACUUUAACAAGUUUAAGUGUGGAUCGCUACAUUGCAGUAUGUAAGCCUGAUGUAGCUUACAAGUACAGACAACCACUUAAAGCAGUGUUUGUGAUAAUUUCCAUUUGGAUCUUCUCACUUUUACUCUCAAUGCCUAUAAUUCUGUAUUCGAGAAGAAUACCACAUCCUUACAUGAAAGGAAAAGAUUCCUGCAUGGUGAACUGGCAGGACGUGAAGGAAGUUCCUAUAUAUAUCAUUUAUAUCUUUAUUCUUGGAUUUGCUAUUCCACUGUGUUUUAUAUCCACAUUUUAUACCUGUGUUAUUGUUCAUAUGAAAAGUGCCGGACCCGCCAAUAGGCAAAGAUCAAAGGAACAACACAGGUAUCAUAGAAAAAUCACGUACCUUGUUUUGGCCAUCAUUUUGUCGUAUGUUAUUUGUUGGUUACCCUAUUGGAUUUUUCAGAUUGUUCUUGUAGUUGUAUUUAAGUACAAAACUGUUGCAGAGAUAAUGGUAAUACAACAAAUCUGUACAGUCUUAAUGUUUGCCAACAGUAUGGUCAAUCCUUUUUUGUACGCAUUUAUCAACAGAGACUUUCGACAUAGAUUUAAAGAGGUGUUUCAGUCACAGUGCGUUUUGAAGGAGCGUAGUGGAUUUAUUUCUACGAAAGACAAUGACAACAAAAUGGAACUUGAUUUGUUGCCAAGACAUGAUAGUAACCAAAUCGAGGCAGAACAAAAUAAGUAAAACGAAUAACAUUGCCUAAAAAAUGGAAGCGAAUGCUAUGGUCUGUAAUAUUGUUUGCAUGGAAAAAAGUGAUAUAAAAGUAGAAACUGUCUAAAUGAAAAUAUAAAAAGAGAAUGGCCUGACUAAACUGCCUUAACAUCUGUUGGUUUCGUUUAUCUGAAACUUGAUACUGUGGAUUUGUUUAUUGGAACGAAAAAUGUGUAUUUUAUUUUAAGGUAUGUAGCUAACAAUUAUGUAAUGUCAUGCAGGAGUGUUUUAGAUUAGAAAUCAGAAUAUGCUUUAAAUAAUAAAAGGAUGAUUAUUUGAA